CCCAAGUUUGUACUAUUUUUCCUCUUCAACGAAACAAGAAGAUACCUCAUCGUCAAUUCCUUGACUACAUUCGGGUCCCGUGCCCGCCAUAUAGGAUCACUCAACACCCACUACGUGUAGUCUCGGCACCUCGUUCACAUUCUUAGCCGCUAUGUCGACUCUCAACUACAAAUUCGAAGGCUGGAUUGGCCUCGACAAGUCAGCAACAGAGGGGAAAAUGAUUUGGCAGGAGUUUGAACCCAAGGAAUGGGAGGACACAGAUAUUGACAUCAAAGUCACCCAUAGCGGCGUCUGCGGGACAGACCUGCACACGUUGCGCAGUGGCUGGUACUCUGCUCCAUACCCGAUCUGCGUCGGUCACGAAAUCGUCGGCAUCGCCAUCCGCGUCGGGACGAAAGCUAUUGGAGACAUCAAAGCGGGGGAUCGCGUCGGUGUUGGCGCCCAAGCAAACGCCUGCCUCGGCCGUUUCGGCCCUUGUAAGGCCUGCGACGGCGGCAAGGAGUCGUACUGCAAGAAACCCGUGCAUACGUACGGCGCCUUCCAGUACAACGGUGGCAAAGCGACGGGCGGGUAUGCGACUCACCACCGCUGUCCUUCCCAUUUUGUAUUCAAGAUUGAUGACCGGUUCGACUCGGUGUCGGUUGCGCCCACGCUUUGCGGGGGCAUCACUGUGUACUCGCCGCUGAAAUUGAACGGGUGUGGGCCGGGGAAGACUGUGGGUGUUAUUGGAGUUGGAGGUCUGGGCCAUUGCAGUAUUCUAUUUGCAAAGCUCUCGAGGCGGAUAGACUUGUGGGUACAUCUAGGAGUGAGUCGAAACGAGAUGAAGUUCUCAGAAUGGGUGCGGACGAUUAUAUCGCAAGGGGUGAGCGAUUGGACUGGGUGUCUGAGUAUACUGGUGCCUUUGACAUCAUCAUCAACACCAUUGCACGGGUAAGAUCCCUUUCAACCAUUAUCUCAGCUUGGUGAGUCUAGAUGGCACAUCUAUCCAAGUUGGGUUGCCGGAAGACGGGUCGUUCGAGGUUAACGCCUCCAUGCUCGUGUCGCGGCGGAUAAAAAUCACGGGGUCAAAUACGGGGUCUCGAUAAGAGAUUCGCGAGAUGUUGAACUCGGCUGCUGAUAAAGAAAUCAAUCUUUGGGUUCAGGAGAGGCCCAUGGCGGAAGCAAACCAAGGACUUGUGGAUUUCGAAGCUGGAAAGGCGCGAUAUCGUUACGUUCUGACGCUGUAACCUAGCAUGAUCC